CAAAGGCUUUAACGCUAUAUCACACUCGCGCAGCGCGCUCUCGUGUAGGCGCGCACCUCCCGUUUCCCUCACGCGCUCUUUUCCAGGGAUUGUACUCAGUUGGCCACCCGCGUCUGUGUGGCUUCUCAGUGCUGCGUUCAGCUCGGCUCGCGUUUACGCGGCCCGGCCCCAGCUUUGCCCGGCUCUGCUCUUGCAGAGGGCUACCCGUCAGCGCCUGGCUCUCUGAGCUCCUAUCUGGACGGUGAAUGCGGUUGAUGCUGCUCUGCUGCACCUGGAAGGACGAGCGCAUGGGAGAGGAGGAAGCAGGAACCAGUUUACCUGUGUGUGCAGGGUGCCAACACAGCAUUUAUGAUGACCAAUAUCUACAGGCUCUCAACACAGACUGGCACUCAGUUUGCUUUAGAUGUUGUGAGUGUAAUACCUCCCUAUCCCACUGGUACUAUGAAAAAGAAGGACGUCUUUUCUGCAAGAAGGAUUACUGGACUCUGUUUGGUGAACUGUGUCAUGGCUGUUCAGAACACAUUACCACUGGUCUCAUCAUGGUUGCAGGGGAGCAGAAGUAUCACCCAGAGUGCUUUACUUGCUUGAACUGCCGGGUCUUCAUUGGAGAUGGUGACACGUAUGCACUUGUGGAACGUUCCAAACUGUACUGUGGGCGCUGUUACUACCAGACAAUUGUGACUCCAGUCAUAGAACAGAUUCUUCCGGAUUCACCAUGCUCUCGGAUUCCUCACACAGUCACUUUGGUAUCAAUUCCUGCUUCGUCUGAUGGAAAACGUGGCUUCUCAGUGUCUGUUGAUCAGAGCUGCAGUCCGGGAGGGUGUGGAGUAGAUCAUAAUCGCACAGUACGAGUAAAGGAAGUUGAUCCAGACUGCAUCAGCCCUGAUGUAAAGAACUCCAUUCAUGUUGGGGAUAGGAUUCUUGAGAUUAAUGGCACUCCAAUCAAAAACGUACCACUAGAUGAGAUUGACCUGCUUAUUCAGGAAACAAGUCGGUUGCUGCAGCUAACAAUCGAGCAUGAUCCCCAUAACUCAGAUUCAGGAUCAGGGGAAGAAGUUGAUGGAGUAAGUCCACUUUCUGACCUGUGCAGUCCCAUGAGGCCAGUAGAGCGGACACCACGUUCAGACGCUGGAACUAUCGGUUCUCGUAUGAUCACGAGGAGCUGCAGCAUUGACAAGUCGCCCUGUGCUAGUAAUACAGGCUCUCCUCACUCACAGAAGAAAGAUAUUGGCCGUUCAGAAUCCCUGCGUGUUGUCUCAAGUAGGACACACCGUAUUUUCCGUCCUUCAGACCUCAUACAUGGUGAAGUGCUGGGAAAAGGCUGCUUUGGCCAGGCUAUCAAGGUCACGCAUAAAGAAACUGGGGAAGUAAUGGUGAUGAAGGAGUUAAUUCGUUUUGAUGAUGAAACUCAGAAGACUUUCCUCAAAGAGGUGAAAGUAAUGCGCUGUCUGGAUCACCCUAAUGUACUAAAAUUCAUCGGAGUUCUUUAUAAGGACAAAAGACUUAACUUCAUUACAGAGUAUAUCAAAGGUGGAACACUACGAGACAUUAUCAAAAAAAUGGACAGCAAGUACCCUUGGAAUCAACGGGUGAGCUUUGCCAAGGACAUUGCUGCUGGCAUGACAUAUUUGCAUUCAAUGAACAUUAUCCACCGGGACCUGAACUCACACAACUGCCUUGUCCGUGAGAAUAAGAGUGUUGUUGUAGCUGAUUUUGGACUUGCCCGCCUUAUGGUCGAUGACAAGAAACAAGCAGACAAACUAUCCACUAACAAACUUCCAGCACUGAAGAACAGAGAUCGCAAGAAACGUUACACAGUGGUGGGGAAUCCAUACUGGAUGGCUCCUGAAAUGAUCCAUGGUCAGAGCUAUGAUGAAAAAGUGGAUGUAUUUUCCUUUGGUAUCGUCUUGUGUGAGAUUAUUGGCCGUGUGAAUGCUGAUCCUGAUUACCUGCCCAGGACUAUGGACUUUGGACUGAAUGUGAAGGGUUUCUUGGAUCGCUACUGUCCUUCAGAUUGCCCAGUCUCAUUCUUUCCAAUUACUGUUCUGUGUUGUGAUCUUGAUCCAGAGAAACGACCCUCUUUUGCAAAGCUGGAACAAUGGCUUGAAAACCUGAAGCUGCACCUGGAAAUUCGUCUCCCUCUAAAGUCUGAGCUUGAGCAGAUCAACCAGGCUUUCUGGGAGAGUCACACACGGUCAGAGAAUGGCCUCCCUACACACACUGAGCAGCCAGAAUAAUAUGGAGUACGGAACUACCAUGGCUUCAUGGAAUUUCAUAUCUAACUGGGCAAUGCUAUACAGGCUGUUUGGCAUUAGUUUAGGUAAAGAAACACAGACCUCUGGUCUCCUUCAGAACAGUGCACUGCAGAAAGUCUUCACAAAAUUGUUGUUUACUGCCUAUUUGAUGUUAGUGUAAACUUGUCAAUUUGUUACAUGUAUUACAGUAAUAGGAUCAUUGCUGUUAGAAUUCAUCAUGUGAAGGAAAGUAGUGGGUUAUUUAACCAAUAACGUGGGCAGCUUUUGACUACACUUCUGCUUUCAGAUUGUUUUAUUUGUGCUUAGUUUUAUCAAAACACAAAGUACAAUCUGUAACUGAGACGUGCAUGACCGAAUAUAGUUGAGUCACUUACCUGAUGGUUACCUGAGAUGUUCAUAUCUAUGUUCUUUGCAGCCUGUGGCCAGUAUAAGCUUAUGUGUGUUUUUCUUUUCAAUUUUCAAGUAUUUUUUAAUUGCAUAAUACUGAAGCUUUUUUUGGAUACGACUCCAUAUUUAUGAUUUUAGUGGCUGGUUUACUGUAAAUAAUUUGCUAUCAUGUAAAUUAUUUGAAAAUAUGUACAGAAAUAUUUUAUAUAUAUAUAUAGGCUGCAUAUCUGUAUUUUUUUUAAAGCAAAGUGUCAUUUCUCCCCAUACUUAAACCUCCACCUUUAGCCACAAAGAAACAUCAGAUUCUAUAACUUUAUAGCAUCCAAAAUAGAUCUAUCUUUAGGUCACUUUAUGCAGUACUCAGUUGCCUAUGGGCUCCAAUACACAUAAAACUUAUUAUUUUAUCCUGUUUGGAAGCACUUUCCCCAGCAUGUAUCGUACUUUUGUGCAUUUAACACAUUAAAAACUCAGAAUGUCUGUCAGAACAUCUGGGGAUUUAUUUUCAUAUGCGUCCAUAGUGAGUUUCAGAUAUUUUUUUUUUUUUAAUAAUAAGUUUGUUUAGCUAAAUUAUUGUUUUUACUUAGUCAUGUGACAUAUGUAUGAUGAAAAUGUGAAUGGAUACAACAGACUUGAUAAACAAACGAUAUUCUACUGUCAGGGCAUUUUGUGUUAUUUUAUAGUUUGCAACCGUUCUUCUGGUUCCAUUGUUGUUUAUUAUGCUACUGUUACUAGCACUCCAUGCAUGAUAAGGACUACAUUACAUUACAUAUUCAACAAUAGCAAGCUAUUUUUGAAGAGUUUCUAAAAAUUGUUAGUGAAGUUUCUGCUGGCAAAAGCACUAGAAAAUGUCUCCAUAUCAAUGAUAUACUUGCAAAACACAAGUUUUACACAAUAAUACAACCAGUAGGUUACUGUUGAAAACGGGUACAGAAUGGCUCAUCUCCAAAUUAGGUGGUAUAGUGUAAACAUGCAGUAUUGUUUGUUCCAUAUGGUAUUCGCCUAGUCUAAGACACAAAAAUAUAUAUUUUUUUAUUUCAUAAUGAGCAUCUUAUUUUUUUAGGCAGACAAUAAACAAAGGUGGUGAUGUUCAUGUUUCAUUCAGACUUUCAUCAACAUUAAUCCAAAAAUUCUGUGAUUCACAAGUACAGUAAACACUGUGAAUUGCUUCAAAAUGUGCAUAUACUGGUAACUCUCCAUGUUAGCAGUUCCUUUUAAAAUGUUUUGGCUGACACUGUGAGAAUGAGAAAAGUCACCAGCAGGCACAAAUAAUCGAGAGUUAUUGAAACAGAGUAGCAUGUUCAGUCUUGCCCUUUUUUGUUGUUGUAAAGGCAUACAUACGUUCAACCAUUUUCAGGAGUUUUCUUUGUGCCAAGUAUGUUCUUGCUGCAUCCCGAUACAUAUUACUGAUGUGCAUACAAAGACAUGUGACGUUCUAGUACUGAAAAGCUUGCCUUCCUUUUUCUGCUGCUUGCAUGCAAGAUACACUACUAGUGCCUAUUAAGACAACAUGUGUGUAAUACAUAAUUUUCCAGCACAUUUACACCAGACUGCUAUCAUACUACUUUCAUUACUGGUGCCUCACUGACAUUCCUAACCUGUACCAUAAUAUAGUAUAUAACCACAUAUGUAUGAAGUUUACAAAUGCACAGAUGUAUUUGACUUAAGGAUGUUGUCUUUCCAAGGCAUACCUGUUCUGUAACUUACCUUAUUACUUUUGUGGUGGUCUCCACACUGUCCUUCUAUGGUUAAAAUGUGUAUAUAAUUGAGGCUGUACCACCUCUUGAGUUUCAUUUCGUCUUAUUAAUGUGUUUCCAAUAAGGUAACCAUUUUUUUUCCCUAUCUGCUGCCUCAAUACUAAAGGUUUACUAACCUAGGUUUUAAAAACUAACAAAUGUUGCAAAUAAAAUUAGUCUUACCUGAACAAUUACAAAUGCUAAAACAUAUAAGAAAAUAGGAAUAGCAAGUCAUAAAAUAUUGAUUUAUAGUAAUAAUGAUAAUAGCUUUAUUUAUAUAACACUUUAUCAUACAUUUACAUGCAACUCAAGGUGCUGUCUAUAGAUUAAUCAAUAAAACAAAGAUAUACCACAUUUAUCUGGAUUAUUAUCAUUAAUUAAUAUUAUGAUAAUCUAUAUAUAUAAUUCACU